AGCGUGCAGGCUACAAGGCUGCUGCCCCAGAAAGCAAAGAUUCCUGUAAGGAGGUUUUGAGGUCUCACCUGCCACAAUGACGGACAGAAGCCCCUUUGAGACAGACAUGCUCACCCUGACCCGCUACGUUAUGGAAAAAGGGCGGCAGGCCAAAGGGACUGGGGAGCUCACACAGCUGCUCAACUCCAUGCUGACUGCCAUCAAAGCCAUCUCCUCGGCUGUGCGCAAGGCUGGCCUGGCUAACCUGUACGGAAUUGCAGGGAGCGUGAACGUGACUGGAGAUGAAGUGAAGAAACUGGACGUGUUAUCCAAUUCCCUGGUCAUCAACAUGCUCCAGUCCUCCUACAGCACCUGCGUUCUAGUCUCUGAAGAGAAUAAAGAGGCAGUCAUCACAGCCAAGGAGAAGAGGGGGAAGUAUGUGGUCUGCUUUGAUCCCCUGGAUGGAUCUUCGAACAUUGACUGCCUGGCCUCCAUUGGGACCAUAUUUGCGAUCUACAGAAAGACCACAGAGGAUGAGCCUUCUGAGAAAGACGCCCUGCAGCCUGGCCGCAAUAUUGUGGCUGCUGGUUAUGCGCUCUAUGGCAGUGCAACCCUGGUGGCUCUUUCCACAGGGCAAGGAGUGGAUCUCUUCAUGCUGGACCCGGCUCUUGGAGAAUUUGUGCUGGUGGAAAAAGACAUCAGAAUUAAGAAGAAAGGGAAAAUUUUUAGCCUCAAUGAGGGUUAUGCCAAGUAUUUUGAUGCUGCCACCACUGAGUAUGUUCAGAAGAAGAAAUUUCCUGAGGAUGGCAGUGCACCUUAUGGGGCCAGGUAUGUAGGCUCCAUGGUGGCUGACGUGCAUCGCACCCUGGUCUAUGGAGGAAUCUUUAUGUACCCAGCCAACCAGAAAAGUCCUAAGGGCAAGCUCCGGCUCCUGUAUGAAUGCAAUCCCGUGGCCUAUAUUAUCGAGCAGGCAGGAGGCAUAGCAACCACAGGCACCCAGCCUGUCCUGGAUGUGAAGCCUGAGAGUAUUCACCAGCGAGUCCCCCUCAUUUUGGGAUCCCCGGAGGAUGUGCAAGAGUACCUCGCCUGUGUGCAGAGAAACCAGGCAGGCAGGUCGUGAGCCCAAACUCAUGAGUCCACUUCUCUUGGCCUCGCACUUCGUUGUAUGAAGGGUUAGAUGAAUGAUCGACAGAGACAGAAGGAAAGGCGAACAAGCAGAGUUUGCCGGUCACUUUCAGAGCAUCACCCUGCUGCUAAGGGCAGGUUUAGAAGUCAGAGGCGAAGAUACGGCCCAAGGGCUAAAAU